AUGCGCUUCUCCGAGCUGUGUGGUGGGGUACCGGACACCUUUCCAACAAGAGCAGGAGAUGCGACCCUUCACGCUGUUUACUCAGGACCCUCGCUGUUCUCAGCCAUCGCCUUACCCUCACGAGGAUCGUCAGAUCUCCGUGUGGAAGCCACGGCAGACGCACAAAGUCACAGGUCGUCCACGGAGCAGACUUCACUUUUGUGCAGGCCUGCCAAAACUUUGGGGGGAGAGGAAACGCCAGAAGACGAGCCUAAAGUUUAUCUGGAGGACUGCAAACUUUGGAGACAGUUUCACAAAUGUGGAACGGAAAUGGUCAUAACAAAAUCUGGCAGGUAUAGUCAAUGUCUCUUAGUUACGAAAGGCGGAAAGUUUAACUGGUCUGUGCGUCAUGCAGUUAUGUCUACUCCCUACAGGCGCAUGUUCCCGCCGCUAAGAGCCAGGUGCACGGGGAUGGACAAGACAGCAAAAUACAUUCUUCUGCUGGACAUCGUAGCAGCUGAUGACUGCAGAUAUAAGUUUCAUAACUCCCACUGGAUGGUGGCGGGAAAGGCGGACCCUGAGAUGCCCAAACGCAUGUACAUCCACCCGGACAGCCCGGCCACGGGCGAGCAGUGGAUGUCCAAAGUGGUCAACUUUCACAAACUGAAACUGACCAACAACAUAUCGGAUAAGCACGGGUUUGUAAGUGAAAUGUUUUAUGUAGGGCAUGUCAAACUGGUACUUAAUAACGAACAGGGGAACCUUUUGUCAAUCAGUGUUUAAUUGAUGUCGUUUUUUGUCAUAAUUUGAAACGAGGGUCCAAAAUUUUCAAAUUUUUUCUAGUGCAAGUCAACGAAGUUUUCCCGACAAUAGUUCUCUAUAUGUGUGUAUACCUUUAACAAACUUUUCUUUCAAUUUGCAGACAAUUCUCAACUCGAUGCACAAAUACCAACCAAGAUUUCACAUAGUGAAGGCAAACGACAUCCUAAAACUGCCGUACAGCACCUUCAGGACAUAUGUGUUCCCUGAGACUGAGUUCAUCGCAGUAACAGCUUACCAAAAUGACAAGGUCAGAAUUUUAACUUCAUGAGCAUUUUUAUAGAGUUAAAGAUGAUAAUAUGAUUUGAUACAGCUGUAAUUUAUAGUGCCAAUAUUUAGAUGUAUCAUCACCAACAAAAAAUGGAGAGUCUCUAUAUUUAUAUGUCUCUACAUUUCUUUUCUAACUAUUCAGAUCACACAGCUGAAAAUAGACAACAACCCAUUUGCAAAGGGAUUCAGAGACACUGGCAAUGGAAGGAGAGAAAAGAGGUAAGUUAUUUUGUGUUUUUUAAACAUUUUUUUUUUUUCUUCUUUUUUUAAGGGUCUUAGCAUGUAACAAAAUAUUCAGCUCCAUCAAGUCGAGGCCUGUGACCCCUCAUGAAAAAAUCAGUAGUGGUAAGAAUUUAAAUACUCAUUACUGUGGAAUAAUAUACUCGCUGCAAGUGAGUAACUUUGAGUUCUUGUACUUUUUGCAUACUUUUAUAAAUCAAUAAUUUUACCUAAUUAAGUAUUUGUGCAUAAAGUGUUAUGCUUAACUACAUUUCACAAAGUACAGCAAAAAUCCCCAAAACAUGCAGGCUGUCAAUUAAGUGCAUGACAGCCAGCUAAUUGGAUGAUGUCUAAACUGUAAUAAAAUUCCAAUCUUACCAAGUAGAUUUGUCUAAAUUACGGUAAAAAUAUCUCGUUAUUUAAGACACAUUGAUGUAAAAGGUCCAAGUAUAAAUCUUAACAUAUAGGGCAAAAUAUUCUUGAUAAGCAUUGCAUUGCUGUGUUUAUAAACUUAUUGGGACGUUUUUGCAUCCAUUUUUACUCCUUUCAGCUGAUUCUACUCGACUAGUAUUACUGUGAUGGAUAAUCUCAGAGCUACUCGUGCUUAUAAUGAUCCCAAACUGAGGUGGAAAAUAUCACAAUUUCCAUAUGAGAAUCACUUGUGCAUUAUAUAGUAUAUAGAGAAAAAUAUAUAAAGAAAAAGGAAAGCGUAGGCUGCUUUGUGCAGAAGGUGGUGGCAAAGUUAACGAAAGCUGCAGUACUCCCCACAGGACUUUUAAUUAUGAUAACUGACUGGUGCCCCUUUUUUUUCCUACAUCAGGAAACUGCAACAUUCGCCUAUCAAAUCGAAAGAGAUGCUGAUGACUGCCAGGGAAUCUGAACCUGAAAAAGACCAAUCUACACAGAAUAAUGAUAACUCUAAAUCACCAGGUACCAUUUACAGAUGAUAUUUCGAUUUCUAAGUCAGUCUGUAAUGUUCUCUGAAGAAUGUCACUGAACAAUAACUUUUUCCAUGUAUGUGUUUUACUAAGAUUCAAUUGAAAGUGAUGUUGACAGAGACAACAAUGUCAAGGACAGAUGGGGACGACAGGUGUGCAACAUCCACCAGGAAACCAGACCUAAGGCAAAGGUUAUAGCAUCAGAUGGAGCCACAGGGAGCCAGUACAACACGGAGACAGAAAUGGACCCCGGUAACAGCUACAGCACCCCUACAUUAACUGAUUUAGGGGAUUGCUGUGGAUCACAAGACUCGGCACAGAAUCAACUUUUCAAAUCACACAGCAGUUUUCCCCCAAGUUUGAUUUAUCAAACUGAAUCACAAAGACAUCUGCAGGAUCAGAGUACCCCCAGGAGCCUUCCCCACUCUGCUCAGCUGAACACCUGGAACAGCUGUGCUAACCUUGACAAAGCAGUGUUGUAUGGACUGAGUCUGAUGGCACCUGUACGAACUCCUGAGUCUUCCCGGUUUCCCACUGGCCUUCCAUACCAUCCCUCAGUACAGGUACACAAAUGACCAUCAACUCUGAGAAAUGCAAAAAUGCAUCUUUCUUUAUUACUUGAUAAGACAGGAAAUGGGUCAAUGUACAGUUCUGUAGCCCUUUCUCUUAACCAACCUUUCAGAAAAAUAAAAGUAGAAGUAAGAUGUUUUUAAAUAAUAGAAUUAAAAUAGUGGUUUUGUUCUGAGCACAGCACAAUUUUUUUAUCAUGACAGAAAAUGUUUUUCUUAGAAGCUACUCCAAAACACUUCAUUCUUACAAGAGACAACUAAUAAAAACAUAAUCAGCAUUUGCUUCAGAAAGAAAAAAUAACACAGAUUUAUCACUUUUUUAAAAACAGAAAUAGAUGAAACACAAAAAAAAAACAUUUGGGGCAAAUUUUCUUAAAUCCAUGGUGCAUUUAUUUAUUCAUGUAUUCAGUACACAACACACACAGAACAUUGUAUUUGGACCUUUUAUGGUUCAUGUUUUCAAAUGUUCAUCAAACGUCCAUGAAUCACACCAAUAAGGAUGCUACUCUUCUCUUAAACCCAUUAAUGCAUGUAUGAGGAAAACGCAUGGAGUGUGAAAAUUAAAACUAUGUCUGUCAGAAACAGGCAAUGAGAGGAGAUAGAGUCCAAAGAGCUAGAAUUUGUCCAGGAUUAGGUACAAAUUACCUUUGUAUACCUGGUUUGCCUACUUAGUGACUUAACAUUGGAGAUUAAGAACAUGUUGAUCUUCUCAGCCCUAAUGACAACACUUAAAGCUUCACUCUAAGCCUACAUUCACAUCCUAGCUUGUCAGGAAUAUUUUAAUAUCUAAAUGAAACAAAAGUUAUCAUUUAUAAAGAGUGCUUUAAAAUUGGGUGUCUUUACAGCAGGGUGUCUAAUUCUUAGUUGGAAGGGCAACUGGACAAAACAAAGAAUUGUAUAACCAUGACCUGGAUGAAUUAGAGCCCACAGACUUACAGCAGGGUGGUUUUUUGUUUUAGAGAAAAAUUGACUGGUUAAGACAAACAAUGUAGACACCCACAUAAAUCCCUCAAACAAAUGAGCAUGCACUAUUUCAAAUCUGAGCUGUCUCUAACUGUCAGAAACUGAUAAUUGCUUAUAUUUCACCUUUGUCUACAGGACUUGGUAAGCUUUUCACACUUUGGAGGCUUCCUGUUGUAUCCCUUCUCGAGCAUCACAUCAGCCCCGUACCUCACCCAGCAUAUGCAGUCCAGUGAGGAAUUUAGAGCCCAUUCAAGUGUCCACAGUGGGGACUGCUUCACCUCUUCUAUGAUGUCCUCAGUUUCUUCAGCGGGUGGUAGUGGUGGAUUGAAAUACUUCUCCCCAAAUUUGCUGCUCUUGCCCAAAACAGAUCAAAAGACCAAGGUAAACAAAGAUGAAGAGGACUGCUGUAUGGAGGAACCACAAACAGACUAA